UACAGAUUAUUCUUGGAAGCUGAAGGACCAGAUUGUCUAAAACGAAUAAAAGAGUUCCCUCUCUUUACGCUAGACACAACGUUUACCCCAGUACAAGAAAAAAACAUUUUGCUAGACAUGUACAAAUCUACAAACGGACAACAAUGGUACGAGGCUACUGGAUGGAACAGCUCAAGUAACGAGAUCUCUCAUUGUUCCUGGUAUGGAAUCACCUGUCAUAAUAACACGUCAUACAUUAAAAGUAUCGUGUUGCCUUAUAACAACUUGGAUGGCUUUCUCCCUUCUGACAUCUGGAAAAUACGAAACUUGUUUUCUUUGUGCACUCCAGGAAAUCCGAGACUGCGAGGGCGUAUUGGCGACUUUCUGUUUGGCAACAUGAGCAAACUGUUGACCAUAUCAUUCAAUACUGCCUCUAUAAGUGGAGAUAUACCAAAAGAUAUAGCAAAGCUAACUAGUCUACAGAACUUCUUGGGGUGCCCUAUGAAUGGCGCAGGCUUUUCUGGUCGCUUGCCAGAAAACAUAGGAAACAUGACAGAGCUUCGAGUUCUCUGUCUUGGAGGAAACGGCGUGACUGGAGAAAUACCAAGAAGCAUUUCUCGACUAGAAAAACUUUACGAUCUAGACAUUCGAAACACCCCAGGCGUGAUGCAUGGAGACCUCAACGUAAUAUUUGCUAUUCCUUCCUUAUCCUAUUUGUACUUGUCUGGCCUUCACCUUAGCGGGGAGAUGCCUCGGGUGUUGCCCCAAAGGUUCUUACAAGUUGGUUUGACUGGAAACAGCAUUUCAGGAAGGCUACCAGAAACAUUUGAAAGUAAUAUCAACCUUAAUGUAUUUAAUGUCGCAAACAAUCAGCUAGUAGGAGAUAUUCCAGGGGAUCUNGUA